UGCUGGCAUGUGGGCAUGCCCUGCUGUGGUGGUGGGUGGCUCCUCCAUCACGACAGGCCCGGGGUGUGUCCUGCAUGGGAGCGGGUGGGGCUCUGAGGACCAGGAAGCUCCAGGGCUAGGCCGUGACUGGGUGCCACACAAGACGCGCAGGUUGGGGUGGACGCGGCUGCUCUGGCCCCUUUCGUCCUCCUUCCUUGACCCAAGUGACCAGAAGCCGCGCACAGGUCUGGUCCGCAGCGCCAGGGGCGGAAGGAAGGGGCCAAGGAGCGCUGGACGGGGCCUCUGCCGGGAGGGGAACAGGAUAGAAGGUGGUGUGCCAACCCCUGGCUCGGACCGUCUCUUCUACCAUGAGGUGGAGUCGCCAUCUGCCCUGGGCCUUUUGGGGGCCUGGCCUGGCAAGAGCACCCCAGCCAGCAAGGCCUUUACCCAUCACUAUGGAAGUUCAGUGGGCAGUGUUCCCCCGUCAGGGAGGCAUGGACCGGCGUUACGGAGCAUCUCUGCUGCUGAGGCCAUCCAGCAGCACCGCCGGAACCUGGCUGAGUGGUUCAGCCGGCUGCCCCGGGAAGAGCGCCAGUUCGGCCCGACCUUUGCACUAGACACGGUGCAUGUGGACCCCGUGGUCCGUGAGAGUGCCCCCGAUGAGCUGCUUCGCCCGCCUUCGGAGCUUCGUUCCCCUUCGCGGCCACCCCCGGCCACGCGCCCCCCCCUGGCCCUGUCUCAGCUCUUUGACCCGGACGCCUGUGGGUGCCAGGUGCAGACGGUGGUCCUGUAUGGCACCGUGGGCACCGGCAAGAGCACACUGGUGCGCAAGAUGGUGCUGGACUGGUGCUACGGGCGGCUGCCAGCCUUCGAGCUGCUCAUUCCCUUCUCCUGUGAGGACCUGUCGUCCCUGGGCCUGGCCCCGGCCUCCUUGUGCCAGCUGGUGGCCCGGCGCUACACGGCCCUGAAGGAGGUUCUGCCCCUGAUGGCCGCAGCGGGCUCUCGCCUGCUGUUUGUGCUGCAUGGCUUGGAGCGGCUCAACCUGGACUUCCGGCUGGCAGGCACGGGGCUCUGCAGUGACCCCCAGGAGCCAGCGGCGCCGGCUGCCAUCCUCGUCAACCUGCUGCGCAAAUACAUGCUGCCCGAGGCCAGCAUCCUGGUGACCACCCGGCCCUCCGCCGUGGGCCGCAUCCCCAGCAAGUACGUGGGCCGCUACGGCGAGAUCUGCGGCUUCUCCGACACCAACCUGCAGAAGCUCUACUUCCAGCUGCGCCUCCACCAGCCGGACUGCGGGCCCGGCGCCGGGGGUGCGGACGUCCCGGCCACGGCGGCGCAGCGGGACAGCCUAGUGGAGAUGCUGUCCCGGAACCUGGAGGGCCACCACCAGAUCACGGCCGCCUGCUUCCUGCCCUCCUACUGCUGGCUGGUGUGCGCCACCCUGCACUUCCUGCACGCGCCCACCCCGGCCGGCCAGACCCUCACCGGCAUCUACACCAGCUUCCUGCGCCUCAACUUCAGUGGGGAGGUGCUGGCCAGCGGCGACCCCGCGCAGCUGUCGCUGAUGGCCUACGCCGCCCGGACCAUGGGCAAGCUGGCCUACGAGGGGGUGUCCUCCCGCCAGACCCGCUUCUCCGAGGAGGACGUGCGCGGCUGCCUGGAGGCGGGCGUCCGCACGGAGGAGGAGUUCCAGCUGCUGCACAUCUUCCGCGGGGACGCCCUGCGCUUCUUCCUGGCCCCGUGCGUGGAGCCGGGGCACCCCGGCACCUUCGUGUUCACUGUGCCGGCCAUGCAGGAGUACCUGGCCGCCCUCUACAUUGUGCUGGGCUUGCGCAAGACCACGCUGCAGCGGGUGGGCAAGGACGUGGCCGAGCUGGCAGGCCGCGUCGGGGAGGACGUCAGCCUGGUCCUGGGCAUCGUGGCCAAGCUGCUGCCGCUGCGGAUCCUGCCCGUGCUCUUUAACCUGCUGAAGGUGGUCCCACGCGUGUUCGGGCGAGUGGUGGGGAAGAACCGCGAGGCGGUGGCCCGGGCCAUGGUGCUGGAGAUGUUCCGAGAGGAGGAUUACAACAACGAUGACGUCCUGGACCAGAUGGGCGCCAGCAUCCUGGGCAUGGAGGGCCCCCGGCGCCACCCCGACGAGGCCCCCGAGGAUGAGGUCUUCGAGCUCUUCCCCAUGUUCAUGGGGGGGCUGCUCUCUGCCCAGAACCGGGCCAUGCUGGCCCAGCUCGGCUGCCCCAUCAAGAACCUGGACGCCCUGGAGAACGCCCAGGCCAUCAAGAAGAAGCUGGGCAAGCUGGGCCGGCGGGCGCUGCCCCCCUCAGAGCUCCUGGACCAGCUCUUCUUCCACUACGAGUUCCAGAACCAGCGCUUCUCUGCCGAGGUGCUCGGCUCCCUGCGCCGGCUCGACCUGGCGGGCGUGCGCAUGACACCCCUCAAGUGCACGGUGGUGGCAGCUGUCCUGGGCAGUGGCAGGCAUGCCCUGGACGAGGUGAACUUGGCCUCUUGCCAGCUGGACCCCGCUGGGCUGCGCACGCUCAUGCCCGUCCUCUUGCGCGCCCGGAAGCUGGGCUUGCAGCUCAACAGCCUGGGCCCGGAGGCCUGCAGGGACCUCCGAGAGAUGCUGCUGCACGACCAGUGCCAAGUCACCACCCUGCGGCUGUCCAACAACCCGCUGACGGCUGCAGGGGUGGCCUCGCUGGUGGAGGGCCUGGCGGGAAACACCUCCCUGACACACCUGUCCCUGCUGCACACGGGCCUCGGGGACGAGGGCCUGGAGCUGCUGGCUGCCCAGCUGCAGCACAACCAGCGGCUGCAGGAGCUGAACGUGGCCUACAAUGGCGCCGGUGACACCGCGGCCCUGGCUGUGGCCAAGGCGGCCUGGGAGCACCCCUCCCUGCAGCUGCUGCACCUCUACUUCAACGAGCUCAGCUCCGAGGGCCGCCAGUUGCUGCGGGACUUGGGGGACGCGGCGGAGGGCCGUGCCCGGGUGGUGGUGUCGCUGACAGAGGGCACGGCAGUGUCGCGGUACUGGUCGGUGAUCCUCAGUGAAGUCCAGCGGAACCUCCACAACUGGGAUCGGGCCCGGGUCCGGCGCCAUCUCCAACUCUUGCUGCGGGACCUGGAAGAUAACCGAGGCGCCACCCUGAACCCGUGGCGCAAGGCCCAGCUGCUGCACGUGGAGGGCGAGGUCACGGCGCUCCUGGAGCGGCUGGGGGGCCCUGGCAGCUGAGA